AUGAAAAAGUAAGUUUCCUCAUAUAUUUAGGUAACAACUUCUAUUUCUGUUCUAAAUCUUUGUGUUCUCAUAUUUUAGGUAACAAAUCUUAUUUCUAUUAUAAACCUUUCUUUUUAGUAAGUUUAGGUAACAAAUUCGGUUUUUGUUCUAAAUCUUCGUUUUUUAGAUAAAUUUAAGUAACAAAUCGCGCUUUAGGUAUGAAAUCUCUUGCUUUGAAAAAUUCUAGGUGACAAUUUAAAUUUCUGUUCUAAAUCUUCUUGUUUCACAUAAUUUCGGUAACAAAUCGCGUAUUAGGUGUAAAAUCUCUUUCUUUUAAAAAUUUUAGGUAACAAAAACUAUUUUAUCGUUAAAAUCCCUCUGUUUUACUGAUUUUUAGGUAACAAAAGCUCGUAAAAUAAAGGAAACGAGGAAAAAAUAUUUUUCAGCUAAAAAUUAUAAAUUUCCCAAUUCCAGAGACGAAAAACCUAAAGGAAAGGCAGACUUCCGGAAGAACAAGCUCAUCGACAAGGUCGUGCCUCCAAAAGCGGCCAAAGUUCAGUCUGUCGAUGAAUCACAUUUGAACGAGAACUUUGAGAAUCUGAAUGAGCCGGAUUUGGUCGAUUCUCCUCGAAGCGAGUCUCCAGAACUGGGAAACGAAGAGGUUUUGUCGCUGAUCUACAACACCCAGGAUGCUCCAGCUCAUUUCAUAUUGGAGAGUGAUUGGCAGAGAUUUGGUAUAAUUUUUGCUUCAACCUUUGGCUUCACUUGGGUAUUCAAGAUUCCAUUGUUGUGCAUAAAGUAUGGAGCUUGUAAGUUGUUUAUUUUUCUUUGUGUUUUGAAGUUUAGGUAUUGUUUGAAGGGAAAUUGAUAAAGAUUUUUGUUCUCCUGGGUUUUUCAGACUGGGACGGUGGAAUUCCUUCACCUUGUGAUGUGAAUAAAAAUUUUCAACGUCUACUAUAAUAUCAGGGCUGAAGAAAAGUAUUGUUAUCAAUUUACAUGUAUUUUCACGUCCAAAAACGCCAAGACUUUUCUCACAGCAUUGAUAUUGUAGUAGGGACAAAAAGCUUUACUCGUAGAGCUGGGCGGGGUAAAAUACCAAAAUAAAUUUUCUCACAGGCCUGGACGGGGUAAAAAAUGAGAAACUAUGUCACCCACCGUUUUGGGAGGGGUAAAUAGCCAAGGAGGAACAUUCUUUUGUAAAAAAACCUUAUUUUAGUGUCGUUCUUCUCCUUCUACGCACUAGUCCUGACGUUUGUCGCUAUUCCCAUGGCUUAUAUCCAACUCUCACUCGGCCAAUAUUCAUCCCUACCUCCGCUUCAACUCUUUACCAGGAGAACGCCGUUAUACAAGGGGCUGGGAGUAUUGUUGACCGUAGUUCGUGUCGCAGUGAUCUAUGUUGUGUUUGAUGACUUUAUGGUACAGGACUUAAUCAACUCGGUUUUUGUGUUGCUACGAACACAUUCUAAUGGAGAGACUUGGGCUGAUUGUCGAUUACCAACCAACUUCUUGAGUAGGUUUUGAUUUUGAAGGUUUUCGUGGUGGGACUGAUACUAGUAUCAUAAUGGUAAUAUAUCAGUACUACACUAGUACUAUGUCAUAACAUAACACCUAUAAAUCGCAACAUACCAUGCUGUAUAUGGCCACAUUUUUAGACUGUUACGACCGGUUGAUCAUUUGCAAAGACAGAUACAGCAACUAUAACUCUUCAGUCUUCUACCAGUACCUCGGCGAAUGUAGAGAGGUGUUUAUUGAAGGCAAACUGAAUCCAAACUACACAUACGAACAAGCCGUGAUCAUCAUGACAUAUGGUCACGCUGCGUUGAGGGAAACACCUAUCGAAACGAAUCUACAUCAGGCUUUGGAUGUAGGUUCAUAUUUGGUCUUUUAUAACAUGUUAAGUCUUGGUAUUGACAUGUCAGUUGUAAUUACACUGGUUUAUUAGGUUGUUCAGAUAAUUUUGUGCCUUUAACAUUGCAGGUUUGCGUUGAGAGGGGCACAGAAUUAUUUGGUCAACCUAAUAGUAUCUCUAUCUUAUAACCUAGCGGCUCCUUAGACUUAUUCAAAAAGUCUUGUCGUUUUUUAUUAUUAAUUUGCACGUAAAAAAGCGACAAGACUUUUUUGAAAGUGUUUUUUUCACAAUUUUUUAAAAUAAUUUUGAUGUUUUUGAAUUCAGAGUUAUCCCAACUUGAUUAUCGUGACAUCAGUCUUGUUCUCCAUGAUGUUCAUGUUGUUUUUCGGUGUUCACGGAGUGAACAAACUCGGCUUGGUAAGUGUAAUAUCAAGUGUAACAUCAAUAUAUAACAAGUGUAAUAUCAGUAUGAAAAACUAAUCUUAAAUGUAAUAUCUUGCUUUAAAAAAACAUUAUCAAUCUUUAGGUAUGCCUGAUAAGUGCCAUAGUAACCGUAUGCGCUUUGCCAUUGAACGCGAUCAACAAAGUGGCCAACCAUGGCAUUGAUGGUAUCAUACAGUAUGGAUGGUUCGAUUUCGAUGCUUUUACGAAUCCAGAUUUUUAUGUGGAGACGUUUACUGCGGUAGGAUAUUGUCAUAGAUUGAGUUUUUGAAGAUUUUAGUUUUUAACAUUUAGUCAGUUUUUGUAACGAAAUGUCAAGAAUUUUAAUAUUGAUUAUUUGAUUUGGGUUUUUGUGAAAAUGUAAUGAAAUUUGAAGUAAAAUUAUUGCGGUGAAAUAGGAUCUUAAAGGUUUUUUACAUUUUUGUAGAUUUUUUGGUUUAGUGCGACGAAAUGUCAAUUAUUGAUUUUUGGUCAUUUAGCUAAAACUCCUUAAAAGUCUGACUUAUAUUGUUAUAAGGCUAAUUUACUGUACUGUAAAUGUUUAAAAAUUUAGGUAAUUUUAUGUAAAAUACGUAAGACCUUGUCAAGUUCCAAAAGUUACGUCUUAACGCCAUAAAUCUUAAAAAAAUGUGAUUGUAGGUAGUGAUAUCAACCGGAGUAGUAGAUGGAACGAUGAUCUUGGUGGGCUCCUUUUCCAAGUUCAAUAACAAUAUCAAAAAGGACUUGGUUUUUGUAUGGAUCAGCAAUAUUACCAUUUUUGUACUUGUAUUCUUGGCCAUCGUGCCCACGUUUUACGCUUUUAUCAAGACGAAAUACCCUGAGGACUUUAUUUUUACGAAUUUGUAUAGCUAUAGUAAGUUUAUUUAUUAUCUUUUGAUUGGGAAUGAUUGUGAAGGCUAUUUUUGAAAAACAUGAAACUGAAAAAAAAUUUUGUUUAAAUUUUGAUUUUGUAGGAGGUAUCAUAAGAACAACAUCCGAUUGGGAUUUUCACUUUCAAAUGUUGGAUAUGAACGGCAGUGAUCCGGUAUCAACACUUGUAUCAGCACUUUUGUCAUUGGGCCUGGCUAUUAUGCAAAUUUGUCCUCAGGUAAGCUUUUUUGAAAUUUAAAAAAAUUUUUAAAUAUUUUUAAAUUUCAAAAUUUUUAAUUGAAAAUGUUCUAAAAAUUUUUCGAAUUUGCUUAAAUUUCUUGAAAUUCAAAAACUACGGUUCAGAUCAUGACAUGCGAGUUGAUCAUACAAACAGUAAUGAACAGCUCUCGUCAUUUCGUCCAUGUUGACAUAGAUACCAUGGUAGUCUUCUUUUACUGCUCCUACAUUACCUGGGCUUACAUUGUUGCCAUUAUGAGAGACUGGACUAGAGGAAACGGCGAUGUGCAAGGAUUCACAUCAGUCAUGGUCAUCCAAUGCAUCGUACCGGCGAUUAUGUUGAUUCAGGUGAGGUGUUGGGACUGUUAGUACUGGAUUUUUAGUACUAUUUUGAGGUUUUUAAUAUCUGUUUGGGCUUAUUAUUAGUACUAAUUUUGUGUUUUUGGUACUGUUUUAGGCCUAGCAGUACCAUUUUUGGUCUUUUUCGUAAUACUCGUGGUUCAACUGCCGGAUACUUGGUACCAGGGACGUCGUUUGGGGGAGGGGGGGGAGGGGGGGGUGGGAGUACCCCUCCCCCAGAGCCGGUCCGAAAAAAAUUCCACAGGUAGCAGCUACCUGUGGACAAAAAAAAAUUUUUCGGCCUCCCCCUCCCCCCAGAGAAAAUCUGUAGCGACGUCCCUGCUUGGUCCUACUGCCUGGAAUGGUACUGUAAACAUAAAGUAGUAAAAAAAUUAUCAGAUUGUGUAGUAUCGAGUGAUUUGUCAUGGUAAUAUCAUGAAAAUUUCAGUCCAUCUGCUUCAUCAGACCCUACUCGGAGGGUCGCCUCCUUACCAACAUAUACACCAUGAGAAGGAGUAGGAAAGCGUCGAUAUUAGACAAGUUAAUGCCAUUUAAUCGCUACUACGGGUUUAUGUGGAAACAUGUGUUACCAGUGGUUUGUACGGUAAAUUUUUUCAUUUUUAAAAAUUAAAAAAUUUUUUUGAAUAAAGUUGUGCUUGGUCUCCUCUGUUGAAUUUUGAAAAAAAAAUUGAAAAAAAUUAUAGGACUCUUCCACAAAAAAUUUUUUUUUGUUUUUUUUAGUCCAACUUUAACAUAUUAACCCUGACCUUAGCCUAAAAUACGACUUAUCACCUAUAAUAAAGCACUAUUUUAGAUAUUUUUCAUCCUAGCACAAGGCGUCCUUCUCAACAAUCAUAUCAUAUCCGAGACCUCGGGUGUUCGCAACGCUCGACUUGCACUGUACAUCUUGACCAUAGUCCUCUUGAUCCUUAUCAUACCGGUGUUUGCGAUGAGCGAUGUCAGACUAGCCAAACAACUGGGACAAAACAUUGGCACUCUGUGGGAACCAUCCCCUCGCUGGGGACCACUGUACCAUCCUGAUCGAAGAAAGGCCGAAUUCGACGAAAGAGCGAAUAGGGUUAGAAGUUAA